GAAUGCAGCGUCACAGAGUCUCUCCCAGCUGCAGCUGCUGUCUCACAACCAGUCGAUCGACCCCAGACUUCACCAGCAACAGCAACAUCAGCAGCAACAGCAGCAACAGCAGCAGCAGUCGAUCUCAUGCUCAGCCUCCCUCGACCUGCUGCUGAGAGUGCAGCGCCUCCUGGUGUCCAAGCUUCUGCGAAGAUGGCGCCGCCGACGUCGCUACGUUUUGCGAACACGGAUGCUGACUUGCUGGGUGCUGGGUCUCUACUGAGGAAGUACGUUGUUCUAGUCUGCAUGCAUGUGUCAGACGUACUACCCGUCGCUGCCAGUCUAGCAGCAGCCAACCCUAAGCUGUUCUCCACCCUGGCCACCAUCAUGCAGGCUGAUAUAUCAGGCGUGCUGCUGCCGGAGCUCGUUAGCAGUCUGCUGCUGCUGCUCUACAAGGCUCCGUCGGUGAUACAGUCGAGCAAGGCGGUGCUGAUGCUGGGGUGCAUGCUGGACGUUCUCGACAAGUUCAACCGCCUGGCUCCCGGCGUGGAGCGGGAGGAUGUGGAAGACCUCGCGUGGCCCGGAAUAUUCAACAUGGAUGUGUACAACCCGACUAAGGCUAAGGCACCUGAGGGCAUCUGUCAGGUGCGUCACUGCGACCUCGUUAACAACAACAGGGAUGGAGGACUGUGGGUGGUGCUGCACGGCAACGUCUACGACAUGCUGCAGUUCAAACUGGACGCGCCGUGUGGGGAAGAAACCCUUGACGACAUGGCAGGUCAGGACGUGACGGCGGCGUUCGAGGCCGCGGGACAUUCUGAGGAAGCGCACGCGAUGUUGAAGACUUACACAGAUCGGGGCAGUACGUCCACGCCACCGGAGACGACGGGUCAGCGCGAAUCUCACGACACCAACUACGCGUCGUCACCCCUGCUGCUCGAUACAGAGCGCAUGCUGGCUGUACUCAUGGGUCUACAUGCCUCCUAUCAGGCCGCGCGAUUAAAGCGCGACACAAAGCAUCGUUAUGACACUAUGUAUUCAGUGGCCUCGAGCCGGUCUCGGGACCCGAAGUCCUCGAGUCUCGGAGGGCUCGAGUCCGAGUGUCGCGAGUCAGCGAGUCCAUUGGCAACUCCGAAGGCCGAGACCGAGAACCGAGCCAAGGAAAACGGUCUCGAGACCGGUUCGAGACCAAGACGUCUCGGGCGAGACGCUAACAUGGAGUGUCAGCGAUGGCUGUGCAGUGAACUCUUCGCUGGAGGCUUGCAACUUCUUCAGCCUCUCAAUCCGUUCGAAGAAGAGAAAGGAGAAAUGAUUCGAAGUAGUUCUACCACCACCACCCCGGACUCCACGCCGACAGAGCCGAAUGUUCUUAAGCUGGACAGUAAGAUGGAGGAUAGUGUGAGAUUGCAGCCUUCCCUGGGUCAGAACAUCCACACUGACACGACAGCUCCUCUGCUGCACGCCCUCGCUGAGAGCAGACUGCAGGAACCUCAGGUGAAGUCGUUACUGCUACACAUGGAGCGCUACUGUAAGAGCCAUCACAUGACCAUGCCUAUUGACUUUCCUGCUGAUCACUCAGUAGAAGAGGUUGGCAGGUUGCUGCUGGCGGUGCUGCUCAAACAUCAGGACCUCGCUCACGUCGCUCUCACGCUCCUCCUCGAGCUGGCGGCGGCGGCGGCAGCAGCAAAGCAGCAGCGGCGCGUAGACAUGCAGGAGCAUGCUGCUCACUAUCACCAACAUCACGGUCACCACCACCGCCACGCACAGCUGCCGCGGUCGCUCGCAGACGUCUGUAAGACCGUGCAGCAGUGCAAACGCUCGCUCAUCAAGCUGCAUCAGGACAUGAGUCGAUCUUACAAGGAGGUGUGUGCUCCCAUCAUAGAGCGCUGCCGCUUCCUACUGUUCGAGCUGAGGCCGGCGAAGGGAAACGAGGGCACCACCGUCACUCGCCUGAAGCUUCUCACAACGCUCCCUAGAUGGCGCAGCGUGAUAAGGAAGAUGAUUCACAAGAAUCGACAAGAGAAGAGACUUUCUAAACCCGAUGUCCCCGAGGAUGGAGUAGGAGACAGUAAGGUGGCUGCAGGCCUGCAGACGGAGGCAGCACUAGCGGCUGAUGCCGAUACAGACGCAGGUCAACAACAAGCAGACCCUGACAACGUCGAGCCAGCGUCACCCCAACGCAGGAAGGAUAAGUGGCCACCAGGUGUCAGCACGAUGAGCUGCGCUCGGCAGUUCCGCUGGCUGCGUCAGAGGCUCGGUGGCGCCCCCACACACAGCACCUUGAUCAGCAGCAUCGUAGCGUUCGUUAUGCAGGAGGAGGGAGUGGACAUCGAGAAGCUGAGGAAGAGCUUGUGGCACCAGGUGGAGAGAGCUUCACUGAGGAAGAAAGGCGUGGAGAGCAUGCUAGAACUCGUUAACAAGGACUACCUCAUCCGCUCAGCCAAGUACAGCCUGCUGUGUGGCUGGCUGGGUCUGGCAGGAGGCAGCGUGAAGAGUGAGCCGAUGCCGUACUGCCUGGACAACGUGGGUCUGAUCCCGCCGCACGACCGCAUAGCGUUUGGAGCAGCAGUUUGGCCCGGCUGGAGGCGUGGACGGGAGAGCAUCACACCGGCUGCUCUGCUGCACAAUGAUAACAGUCACACCAUAGCUGUGAUGCCGUGUACCAGGUUUCUGUUGCUGGUGUUGUGCAUGCUGUCAUCACCUCACAAAGCUCACAGCAUUAGUCUACUCAUCAACAGUGGAACGUUGGCUAUCAUACAGACUGUCCUCAGACUGCUAGGUCCGGACCAGGAUGGUCAGGUGGAGGAUAAGAACGCCGGUCUGGUGUGCACAGUGCUGGAAGAGACGCGGCCCAAGCCCAAGAAGCAGCAGCUGCCUCUCACAGGACCCGAGCUCGCUGCCAUGAUGAAGAUAGGAACACGCGUCGUGAGGGGACCCGACUGGAAGUGGGGAGAUCAGCUACGCAUCAUUAACGAAGCGCAAGUCGUCGUGGUGACGAGGGAGGAGGAGGAGCGGAGGAAGCAGCAGCCGACAACGAUGGCGCGUGCUGCAUGUCUUCACGGACUGCGCAUCCUGGCUGUAUGCACGGCUAACCACGCUGAGGUUGCUCAACACGAGGCCGUAUACACGCUGUGCGGACUACUGCGCACCCUGGUGGAGGCGAACAGCAAACAAAACACAAGCCAGCCGUCGCGGGUCGUCGUGCAGCAGCAGCACAGGGAGUGGUCGACGCUGGGAUUCAUACGAAGCCUCGCCGCCUCCCCCAGCAUCUGUCGCGCUCUCAGCACCCCGCGAUGGAUCGAGCUGCUGCUGGGAAUCGUCGGAUGCUGCCGCGGCGAGGUUGGCGUCGCCGCGGAAACGCUCUUCAGUCAGGUACUGACACUGCGGCUGCUGCGUGUGUUGCUGCCGUCAUGGGAAGCAUCGGAGGAGGGAGCGAGGAUGGGAGACCUGGUAGAGAAGCUGUUUCACAUCACAGGAAACAUCCUCAUGUCGUGCGCGUCCGACCCUUCCCUCGCACCACUAGACGCGUCGCGACGCAGUAAGAAGCGUUUCGCGCCCGCGCGCCACCUCACCGCAUCCUUCAGCAGCUGCGUUGUUGCCGAGGAGUUGGUGUGUCUGCUGCGUACGCUGCAUGCGCUGCCAGCCUGGAACGACAAGAUCAACGACUACAUCGUUAGCAGGCUGAGUCGUCUGUCAGAGCUGCUCUCUCCUCAGCCUCCUUGCGAUGCACCGGUUGAUGAGGGCGCCACCUCUCCCGCGGGAUCGCUCCCGCACUCCCUCAUGGCCAUCCUCGCCGUCGUCGGCGGCGUUGACGCUCGUCCCCGCCUGGGGGCGCUAGUGCAGCAGGAGGAGCAGGGCGUCGGCACG